CAAGACAAUCAGUGAACUUGUGUAGAAAAUAAAAAUUAGAAGAACAUAAAAGAAACCUAUUCUUUUCUGUUUUCUAUACACAAGAGAACAAGGAUGGAGGAUUGUACAGCUAGUCUUGACGGUACACGCUAGCAGGUAGCAAGGCUGCAAGCAAGAGACACAAUUCCCCUGAAACCGCCCAAAAGCUUCCUGCAAUCCUGCUGCUUUGGCGUUGAACUCCCUCCUUGAUUAAUCGCAUCAGCUGCCAAAGAUUUCUCUUUAUUGUUUUUUUUUGGUUCAGAAGGGGAGCAGAGGCGAAAUAAAUUCCUCCGGCGAGAUUCGUGUGGAGAUGAGUUAGGUGCCAGGACCACUCAUAAAUUCUGCCUGUUCUUUCGGAUCUGCUCCGUGCUGUGCUUUGCUUUGCAUGAGUAGUUGUUCAGGCGCUCUAGCUCCCUCUCGGCUUCUUCCAGUUCCAGGCUUGGGGCUCUUCGGUUCGAAUCUCUCUAGCGUCUAGUCACUCAUGCGUCGUCGCCGGAGUCCAAUCUCGCCGCUGCUCAGAGUUUCUUGAUUUGGUCUGCUCGGAAUUUCCCUUUCCAUUUCCCCCGGAGAAAAUUUGUUCCUACCAAAUCAAAGGUGAUCCUUUCCCCCUCGGGAUUUUUGUGCUGGUUUCGCCUUGUGAGUCCAUAGCAGCGUUGGAAGCAGACAUCAGUUGCUGCUUAAAAAUCCUCCCUUUUCUCUUGGUUUCUUUUCUUAGCAGCGCAAUCACGGCCUCCGUCCUUGCUUGAAUCCCGCGACAGCCUGCAGCUUCCCAUACUCGUUUCUAGUCUCGAUUUCGUCGUGAUUUCAGGUCGGCUCUUACUCGCCUUUGCCGAUUUGUUUGCUCCCGAGAGCCGGCCUAUACGAAUCCCCCCCCCCCCCCCACACCUUUCCUUCUUCCACUCCACGCGCUGCUGCUUUUUCCUCCCAAUGGGCAACGCGUUCGCGUGCAUGCCGCGCAAGGAGCACCGGGGCGCGGCCGCGGUGUCGCGCAGCAAGCGGAUGGGGAGCGCGCGGUCGGCGCGCGGCGGGCCCAAGCUGACGCCGGCGGAGGAGGAGCUCCUGCACCGCCAGGCGCUGGCCAUGGCCAUCCACCAGCACCUCGACUCCGGCGGCUCCAUGUCGCGCCGCAUCGACGCCGGGGCCUCCCUGUCGCGCCGCAUGGCCCCCGGCUCCACCAGCUCUCGACGCCGCGGCGACCUGCCGGACUCCGUCACGAAUGCCAAGCCCGCACAAAUUGUUCUGGAGAAUUUAGAAACAAAGAAAAUUGUCCUUGUUCAUGGAGAAGGAUUUGGUGCUUGGUGUUGGUACAAGACCAUCUCGCACUUGGAGGAAGCUGGUCUUGAGCCUGUUGCCUUAGACCUCACGGGUUCUGGCAUAGAUCAUACCAAUACAAACAGCAUAGCUACACUAGGAGAUUACUCCAAGCCAUUAAUUGAUUACCUUGAUAAACUUCCCGAGGAUGAGAAGGUUAUUUUGGUCGGCCACAGCUGCGGAGGUGCAUGUGUUUCAUAUGCGUUAGAACACUGCCCCAAAAAGAUCUCGAAGGCGGUGUUUCUUACUGCUACGAUGGUGAAGGAUGGGCAGCGGCCCUUCGAUGUGUUCUCAGAGGAACUCCGGUCAGCAGAUGUUUUCUUGCAAGAAUCACAGUUUUUGGUUUAUGGAAAUGGAAAGGACAAGCCUCCUACUGGUCUGAUGUUUGAUAAACAGCAGAUCAAGGGGCUCUAUUUCAACCAAACUCCUUCCAAGGAUAUGGCGCUAGCUGCGGUGUCCAUGAGACCCAUCCCUCUUGCCCCAAUCAUGGAGAAGCUCUCCCUCACCCCUGAAAAGUACGGCACUGUGCGCCGCUACUUCAUCCAGACACUUGACGAUCACAUGCUCUCACCUGAUGCCCAGGAGAAGUUGGUUCGGGAGAACCCGCCAGAUGUCAUCUUCAAGAUAAAGGGCAGCGACCACUGCCCCUUUUUCUCGAAGCCGCAAUCCCUCAACAAGAUCUUGCUGGAGAUUGCACAGAUCCAAGCUCCAGCUGCGCUGCUCCCGGGUAAAGCAAGUUCGGAGGAGACCGUGGCAGAGAAAUCAUGACUGCAUGUAUGUAGUGUACAUGAAAACUGAGUAGCACAUAGGUUGCAAAAGUGUGGUGCGGGGGUUAAUUGAAAUCAGUUUGUCAGAUAAUAAUGUAGGGAGGCAGAAGUGUUGUUUUCUUCUGUGAUCAAGUAUAGAGGAUGUGAGAUAGUUUUCUUUUACCUUGUGAAUCAAAUAUGAAGUCAAAACAACAUAUCUUAAUGUUUUCCUGAGCAAUGAUGAGUAGGUUCCUGUGGAGGCGUUUAAUUCCACAGAA